GCAAUGGCCGAGCACCUUCUUUCCUUCGCGCUUACUCCGAGGCCCUCGUUCCGCCAUCAUGUCAACACCGGGAGGGCCGGUCCUCGAUCUUCGUACCGCCAUCGACACCGUCGUAUGACAGCGUUUGCUGGGCUGAGAGGUAGCCUCAUGGAAGAUACCUGACGCGUAGACUUGCGGAAUGUGAGCAAGUGGUCCGAGACAUGCGUCAUGAGAGGUGAACACGGCCUGCUCAUGUUCCGCUCACGCCCUUAGCAAUGAAUCGAGACGGUCUCUCUCGCCCCUUUACGGCCUCACUACCCUUAUAACCUCGACCUGCUUUAUCCGUUCUCUCAUUCACCGCAUUUUCUCGCGACGCGCGCACUCAUCAACCCCCGACCUCUUCACCCUGUUCACUCUUCGCCAAUAACCCUCGAUAAAACCGCCCAGCAUGCGCCCAAACAACGAGCCAGUCAUCGGACUUGACCAUCAGUAUGACCCGCUAGAGCCCCACCGCUUCGCCCUCGACACAGACAGCGACUACGUCGGGCAGGGCACCUACGGGACGAUCUACCGUGCACUGGACUAUCGACAAAACGACAAGAUCGUCGCCAUCAAGGCGCAAAAGCUAGGCCGCCCCGACUCCAUGCUCCGCGCGAUGCAGCGCCAGGAGGCCUUCAUCCACGCCUCCAUUAGCGAUCACCCGUAUAUCGUCACUCUCCACGGCGCUUACGCCGACGACGAGAACCUCUACCACGCCAUGGAGCUCGUCGAGGGCACCGACCUCUACGACGCCGCCGCCGGUGGCAUCCUCACCGGCCAGACCGAGCUCCUCCGCGAGGGCUUCCUCCAGAUGAUCGCCGCGCUGCGCGCGAUGCACGACAAGGGCUUCUACCACCGCGACAUCAAGCCGGAGAAUAUUCUCGUGUCCGCGGACGGGCGAUCGUGGCGCCUCUGCGAUUUUGGCCUCGCGAGCGCGAACGAGACGUCGCGCUGGUCGGGGUGGGGCACGGACGGGUACCGCGCGCCCGAGUGCCCGUCCGGGGAGUACAGGAACGAGCCCGCGGACGUGUGGGCGCUCGGCGUCACGCUCUUCGUCGCGGUGACGAAGUGCGCGCCAUGGGGCGAGGCGAAGCCCGAGGACCCGUGCUACCGCGCCUUCCUCAAGGACGGACCGAAGUACCUGUUGCGCGCCGCCAACCUGACGCCCGAAUUUUACCGCCUCAUCCAACGCUUUUUCGAAGUGGAUCCCGAGCGGCGAAUCUCGCUGCCCGAAGCGGAGGUCGCCUUGCGAUCGCUGAACGCCUUUACGAUGGAGGAGGCCGUCGAUCUCGACAGUUACCUGCAAUUCCGCCUUCCGGCGACGUUCGAUCCGCCGGCACAGCAAACACCGUCUCUCGCCAUCUCAUCUACCAGCUCGCAAUCCAGCAUGUCGUUCGACACGCCUUCGCCUCACUCGCGCCGGCCAAUACCCUCCAAGCGUAUUCUCACCCAGGAGCUGGACGCUCUGCACCUUGCAGACGGCAUCCUGGUGGCAUAGUCAUCUUCCUUCUCUUUCGCAUGGAAACGAAACGGA